AUGCGCCGCUCUCUUCUGCACCAAUCAGGGUCCACCGUGAACUGGAAGAUAAGGGUGCGGCGCGGGGUGCAGCGGUUUGUGCGGCGGUACGUUCCGGAUCCGCGCGAUGACCCCCUGACGGAGGUGCCCAUGAACGCGGAGACGUACAAGAAGACAUAUCUGCAGCAGGAGGGGGGCGUCCGUGUGGGAAUACGCCCUGGCCAGUCGAUCGAAGACUACAUGGCGGAGCGUGACAAGAAGUGGUUGGAGGAGCAGAAACUUACCACGCAACGCCUUGUUGAGGAACAGCAGCUUCCCACAACGAGUGACGGCCAACUUUUCACUGGUGCCGGAACACGUGCGUCUUACAUGAAUGUUGAUGCGGCGAACAAGCUGGUGAAGACACCCACCCCAAGUGACUAUGAGGCAGACGAGGAGCUCAUCUUGAUGCGGCGCCAGCUGCAGGUAGAGAACGAGGCGGAGUACCGCAGGUUCGUGGCGGAGAAAAAACGGUCGGAGAUGACGAUGGAGGAGACGCAGAAGCGACGGCAUCCACACCCAAGCGACCCAAACUACGACCCAUUUAAAAUAACGCCGGGCUACCGUCCACAGGACUCUGUCGCGCUUGCGCAAUGGCUGAAACGACAACGUGAGUCUGGCAAGACGGCGAGUGGACUUUCGCUUCAGACGAAGGAGGGACAGGAGCGAUAUUACAAUGAGGAGAAGAUGGCAACGCAGUUUCAUGCCAACCCCUUCGCCGCACGCGUGGAGGAGCCACGGGGACUUUCAAAGAUGCGUGUGACAGCGUACUCACCCGACAGCAUUUUUGUGAACGACAAGGAAGUGAUUGGUUCCUGCAUCGUCACGGACAAGGCGUAUUAUCACUGGAAUGUCAGCAGUUUUGAAGAGGUGGAUGAGCGCACCUUGGCGCUGUUGCUGCACUUGUACCCUGUACCAGAUGUCAUAUUCCUGGGAACUGGGCGCAACCUCCACUUUAUCGACGAGGAGCUGCGCAUCGCCUUCCAGAAGCGUGGCUCCGUCAUUCACUGUCUCACAACCCCUCAGGCAUGUGGACACUUCGGUGUGCAACUCUCUGUUUCACGCCGUGCGGCCCUUGCCAUUAUUAACCCGAUCCCCACAAACGGUUACGGUGUGGAAUGUUUUGGCGAUUUUGUUGAAAAUGACAUGUUUUCCCUCUCUGACACGCAGCUUGGCGUUCCCCCUAUCAAACAAUUUUCAUCGACGAUGUUCAAACCGAACAAGGUGGCGGAAAAGUACCGCCACAUGCAAGGCACCGGUUUUGGGCCAAAGUACCACCAACUGAGCGAUGGCCGGCUGGUGCGUCCAGGCACAAGUGGCACAAAGUUAAGACCAUUGCUAGAGCCGGGUGAGGAAGUACAAUGGGAGAGGCUACCGUCGUACUAUCACUGGUACCCCAAGGAGCAUCUUCAUGACUACAUUGAGAAUACAACGAUGCGAGAGAUACAAGGGAAGCCCACUGGAGACCCAACGGAGCGGCGACUUUACCAAUCAAUGCGUGGUGGGAAGCCCGAUAAGGAAAACGCCCCCACACCAGAUUUGGCGCCUUGGGACUCGGCAUCUAUUCCCAUCACGAAGUUUCCACACGAGCGUAAUGACGAUGAGAUUGUUGUGGAGGAUCCCAAGACGGGACGUAUCAUUGGCAUGGACCGUGGAACAUACGAGCGGUGGCGCAUCAUGAUGCAGGAACGGCGUGAGGGCAAGCCGGAAAGUGAUCCUGUUGAGUAUGACCAGGAAAGGUUUGUCACAAACAAAGACGGGGUCGUAUUUGACUUAUCAAAGAUGAAGUACAGGCCAAUCUUUGAGGGGCGAUGGAACCCACGGCGGCCUCAGAGCACUGGCAGGACAAACCCAAUAAUGACAUAA